AUGCGUGAGAAAUCGCUACUUCAUAUGUUUCAAGGGACGGUUCCCCAGCUGAUUGCUGUUCUUACUGGGACAAUCGGAGCAGUUUCCGAUGGGAUGCAUUAUGGAUGGACAGCGCCUGUGUUACAAGUAUUGGAUAGAAACGAAACCCACAUCAAUUUACAAGAAGCAGAUCACAUAUGGCUCGAAUCCAUAUACAUGAUAGGAGGUAUUACAGGAUUACCAGUGAGCAUCUUCGCUGUAGAUAAAAUAGGUCGCAAAGGAUCGAUUUACAUGUCUGCAGUAAUUUCCCUGAUAUCAUGGAUACUAAUCGCCAUCGCCGAUCACACGGCUUAUCUGUACGUUGCCAGGUUUAUGGUGGGUUUAUCAGGAGACGUGGCGUUCGUCGCGGCGCCGAUGUACAUCGCCGAAAUAGCCGAUAAAAAAAUCAGAGGGUUCCUAGCCGGCAUAAUCUACAUAAUGAUGCUGCUAGGAAUCCUGUUAAUAUACGCCGUAGCGCCGUUCGUUCCUUUUUACGUACCUAGCGUUAUAGGCUCCGUAUUAGUCAUUAUUCAAUUAGUUACCUUCCCGUUCGUGCCUGAUAGUCCGUAUUAUUUAUUGCAAAUUGGUAAAGAUGCCAAAGCGAGGAAACACCUGCACCGGCUGAGAGGUGGAGAGAAUGUAGACGAAGAAUUGGCCGAUAUAGCGGCGGCUGUGAAGAGACAAAAGAGCGAAAAAGGAAGGCCUCAAGAUCUGAUAAUAUCGAAGAGUAACAGAAAAGCCGUGAUUAUUAUGUUGGUGCUUAACGUCGCGCAGCAUUUCAGCAGCAUCAGCGUGAUGCUCAUGAAUUUGCACGAAAUUUUGGAGGCUGCGGAUUCGGAGUACAUGUCAGCGGAAACGGCUGCCAUACUGUUUGCCGCGCUCAUGCUUAUAGCAGCGACCAUUGCUGAUUUUGUUGUCGAUAAAUUUGGCCGUAAAGGCCUGUUAACGGUGUCCAGUUUAUUGACUGGAUUGUCCCUGCUGGUUUUAGCUGUGUAUUUCACGUUUAAAAAUCAGAAUUACGACGUAUCUGGAGUCUCUUGGAUACCAGUAGCGUCAGUUAUGGUCUAUGCUGCUGUAUUCAAAUUCGGGUUAGGUAUAAUACCUAUUGUUAUGACAGCAGAACUCUUUCCUGCGAAGGUUAAAGCCAUGGGAAUGACCAUAGCUGACUUUAUAUACGUUCUCUUCGCUUGGAUAUCGGUGGAAUUUUACCAAAGGCUUUCUGGUUUGUACGGACCAGAAGUUCCUUUCUACGUUUUCUCGUUUUCGUGCAUUCUGACGGCGCUAUUCGCUCAAUUUUACAUACCAGAAACGAAAGGUAAAACCUUGGAGGAAAUACAAUUCAUACUGAAAGGAGUGCCUUUUCCGAUGAGAAGUAAUAGCUUAAGGUCGGAAUCUUCUCCACAAGUAGCUGUAGAAGGUAGAAACAAUGGUGAUCAAAAAAAGGAAGACUGCGUUUAG